AUGGAUAAAAAAGAAAGUGUAAUUAUUACUGGAGGACAAGGUUUCAUUGGAAGUUGGGUCGCCAAACUAUUGCUAGAUGAUCAGAAAUACAAUGUUGUUGUUGUAGAUGUUAAACCAGACUUGCAUAUCCUGAAACAAAUCAUGUCGGAUUCCGAUAUUAAAUUGUUGGAAUUCGUGUAUGUAGACAUUGCCGAUACAAAGUCGGUAAGUGAGUUGGUGCUGAGAGUAAGACCGUCGUUCAUCGUUCAUCUUGCAGGCCUACAAAUCCCAACGUGUAAAGUGAAUCCGAUACUCGGUGCCUCUGUCAAUGUGAUUGGAACACUCAAUGUCUUUGAAGCGGUGCGCCAACUGCAAGCCACCAAACAACAGAGUUGCUGUUGUCCUGUGAUCUACGCCUCCAGUGCCGCUGUAUCCGGACCGAGUGAAGACUACGACAGCAGCGCACCAGUCUCUGACGAUGCUCAUCAUGCACCUGUCACUCACUACGGUGUAUUUAAGCAGGCUAACGAAGGUGCUGCGCGUGUCUACUGGCUCGACCACAAGAUUCCAAGUGUAGCGCUACGUCCUUUCACAGUGUACGGUGUGGGUCGAGAGGUAGGAAUGACAAGCGCGCCAACAAAAGCGAUCAAAGCAAUGGUUCUUGGUCAAGAUUAUGUCAUUCCAUUCUCUGGCGAUAUCUGUAUAAACUAUGUGGAAGACAUCGCCAGGUUGUUCAUUAACUUGGGUCAAUCUCCAAACGUCCAAGGUGCGUACACCUGCAAUAUCAAAGGUGAUACUCUCGAUGUACUAAACUACCGUAUCCCAUUAACUUUAGUGAAGAAACACUUUGAUAUAAUAUAUCCACCAAUUGCCAAACUUCCAGAUGUUCUGUCGACAAUCAUAACCUUUAAAGGAACCACUCAAAUUGGUAUCUACAUGGGUGGUAGCCACCAGCUAUGA